AUGUGCAAUGUGGUUUCUUCCUUUGGUUUGUCGAACCGGAAGGAGCAAGAGGCUGAAGCUAAGGCUAAGGCUGAGGAGAAAGCGGCAGAAGCAGCGGAAAAAUCCACGACCAAUUCCGACAGAGAAGGCAGCCAGACUGUCGUUGCUACAAUACCCAAACGAGAGCCUUCUCUCACUCCUCCACCAUCCACGAGCGAACCCAGCCCACCAGAAUCGAGUCUCAAGCGCACACGUUCUAUCAGUGUUGAAUCGGACAAUGAGGAGGAGCUUAGGGAAGCUUUAGGCGCGGCAGGACCAUCCAGAAGUACUGUCAGGGCAUUGGACUUCAUGACUCCCACACCCAAGAAACCAAAGAUAAUGUCGCAGCCUGAGUACCACGAGACUUCUGGACUUCCAACACCUCAGACGGCCCAACCGAUGGCAACAAUAUCUUCCUCUUUCGAUAUAACGCCAACGCCAAGUCGGUUUACUAAUGCUUCAGACGAGGACCUCGUCCAGAGCUUCUUUGGUCUAUUAGGCGCAGCAAAUGUGCCCCUAGACGAUAUCACUAAAAACCAGCUCCAUUCGACCCUGCUCAGACACGCGAAGAAUAUAGAAGGGUACAAAAGAGAUCAAAAGCUGUUCCGUUUUCAGGCGGAGGCCAGAAUAGCCAAGCUUGAAGCAGACCUAAAGGUCAAGGAAAUUGAGAAUGAGAAUCUCAUCUGGCAGACGGUUCCUCGCUGGGAACCACCAAACAGCGUCAUGACGUUCAAUGCCCCGAACACUGCAUCUAGUGUUUAG